AUGGGUCACAGCACCACGACGCGGGGCUCCUAUGCUGGGCAAGAUCACCAUGACAUUCUCUUAGGCAUGCCGCUGGCAACCCAUCUGCAGCCCCCAGUACACAUUAUUGAGGUCUGCGCGAAGGAAUUCACUGAGAUACUGGACCUUUCAACUCCCCCACUGGCAAUUGAAUCCUCUACAGUAGGGCGAGUGGAAGAACUGAUGUUAGGCCUGGUUGUUGAAAGCCCUCGCCGGAUGGUUGCAACUUAUGACUUCCAUGCACUGAUUGCAGUAGCGCGGGCACGCAUGAGAAGAGGACAAGAACGCGAGGAUCCGGGAAACAACGUUCAGCAGUCACUUCCAACGCAGGCGACUUGA